AUGGCUCGCUCUUUCGCUAACGCUAAGGUUCUUUCUGUUAUCAUCCUUGACGGUUUUUCCAACACUCUUGCAAGACGAGGUUACUCUGCCGCAACAGAAAGUGUAACGAGUGGAGGAGUGGUGUCAAUUGGAAACAAGAUGGGAGGCACAAAGUUAGGAGAAGAGAAAGGGUCUUGUACUAAUUAUAAGGUUUCAUGGGUUCCUGAUCCUGUCACUGGUUACUACAAACCUGAGAACAUUAAGGAUAUUGAUGUUGCUGAUUUAAGAGCUAAGCUGCUUCGUAAAAAUCUCAAGAACUAA